UAACUUCCAACCGGCAGCGGAACAAAAUGUUCCGUCUGCAAUCCGGAAUAGAGAACACCAUUUGCAUACGAUUUAUACUUUGGAAACGGUUAAUUGUAGAGUUACUGUUGUGUGGCGGGGGAUAUCUUCUGACAUGGUCUGAAUUUGUUUAUAUCUACCCCAUAGACAUGGCUAGAUGUAUUAUACUCCUGUCAGUGGGGAACGACCUUUAAAGAGGUGACUAUUUGAACCUGUUCAUAUAUAUAUAUUGUUUCUCUCUGGUAUCUUCUAUCAAAACUUCUGACUAUCAGCAUUAAAAUCAUACACCUUCCGUCAACAUCUGUGAAAAUGGUCUCAUCACGCUUCACCACUGUGCUUGCUGCCACAUCUCUUCUGGCUUCUGUCCAAGGAGCGCCACUCAACCAGGAUACUCAGAAGCAAUGCAAAGCGACCUCGAAUUGGCCAGGUUGGAACAAAAUCCAAUAUGCAUUUACAUUGUGAGAACUGCAGCACUAAAUAAUGUUCGGAUGCAUUUACUGAUUAUAUUAGUGGGGAUUCAUACUCAGCGAGCGGAUUUCAGACGAACGGCACUCAGCCAACACCCACUAAUCCCCUUGGAAAUCCUACAUAUCCAGGUUAAAACACCCUCAACUUACAUCUAGCUAGCUCUAAUUCUGAUUAGGAUAUACUGCUACCAAUGGCCAAAAUUGGGUUGACUUUUUGACUGUCAAAUACAACAAGUCUACAGUCUUGACGUAUAAUUUGGCGUAUGGAGGAGCCACGAUCAACUCUGAUCUUGUCGCUCCUUAUGAACCACAAGUCUCCUCUGUCGCCGAGCAAAUCGAGAAUGAAUUCUUUCCCGCUUACGCAGGAAAACCAGACGUAGCUCCAUGGUCAUCUGGAAAUACUCUCUUCGCUAUCUUUGAUGGUAUUAACGAUGUUGGAAAUUCGUAUUACCUUGGAGCUUCAGCAACUGCAAACCUUAAUGAAAGAAUAAUGGCCGUUUACCAUGGUCUGGUAGAUGAACUCUACUACAUCGGCGCUCGAAAUUUUGCAUUCCUCAAUGUCCCACCCGUUGACAGAAGUCCGUUGGCAAUUUCUGGCGGAGCAACAUACCAAGCUGAAGAAAAGCUUGACAUUGCUGAUUGGAAUAAUCGUCUUGCGGAACUUGCUCAAAGUCUGAAGAGGACUUUCUCGGAUGUUAACGUAUUCACAGUUGAUGCCAAUACUCUGUUCACCCGAGUAUUAGACAAUCCAAAGAGUUUUCCCCAGACUUCUGUCUAUCAGAAUACUACCGCGUAUUGUGUUGCUUAUGAGAAGUAAGUUUCCCCGUUUUCCGCUCCAUUACUGGGGUCGGUUUUGGCUUGCUAAUAAAAUAAUUGUAGUGGUACACCGACACCAAAUUAUACUGAUCCAUCUUGUUACAUCCCAGUCAACGAGUAUUUCUGGUUGAAUUCGUUGCAUCCUACUUACCCAAUGCAUGAUGUUCUUGCCCAGGAAGUUGCGAAGGUCUUACAAUCGGGUCCAAAUGUUUGUUAGCAAACACUUUGCGUAGCGAGUGUUGACCUUUGAAUAUAUACAAGAUUGCAAUAUCUGCUACCCAUCUUGACCAAGGUAAAAUGCU